AUGCGAAGAUCCCCGAAUGUGAUCAUCACAGGCACCCCUGGAGUAGGGAAAACUGUUCAUUGCGAGAAAUUAGCGCAGGAGGUCGGCUUGCGACACCUAUCAAUAAACCAGGUCGCCAAAGAUCGAGGUUGCUUCGAAAGCUAUGACCAGGAUUUGGAAACCUGGAUCGUUGACGAGGACAAAUUACUGGAUGCGAUUGAAGAUGAGGUGCUUCAGGGCGGCUACUUGAUCGAUUGGCAUGCAUGCGACUUGUUUCCCAAAUCAUGGAUAGAUCUCGUGGUGGUCUUGCGAUGUCCGUCAACUUCCAUUUUAUAUGACCGUCUUUCUGCGAGAAAAUACAAAGAGGCCAAAUUGCAGGAAAACUUAGAUUCUGAGAUAUUCGGCGUCUUGUCAGAGGAAGCGCGCGAAGCUUUUGACGAACAGAUAGUCGUGGAGCUCAACAGUGAGGAGGAUGAUGAUGUAGAGAGCAACUGUGCGAGGAUUUCAGCCUGGAUAGAAUCCUGGAAAGAAAGCCGACUGGAAAAUAGAGAGUGA